UUUCACUUCACGCAUGUUUCCUUAAAAAUAAAUUCGCAGUUUUUAUUGUAUUAGACAGUCAGCAAAAUGAUGACUAUUUUUUUCAACCUUGUGAAAAAAAAUUCCGGAAUGAUUCGGCAUUACUAAUGGUUCUGACGGGAGUCUUAUGACCUUGACGAUGAUCUGGGAUCAGUGAUGGCUGAGACAGAUGAAGCAACGACUCCAUCGACAUCUGGAGCUGUUGAUCAGGAGAACAAAGAUAAUUCCAAGCAGGAGAUUGAUCGAAAACAGACGGUCCUCGAAUCCCAUGGCUACACCCUGGGGGAGAUAAUCGGUACCGGAUCGUACGCCACCGUCAAGAUCGCCAAUUCUAGCAGACAUGCUUGUCAAGUAGCCGUGAAAAUAGUCUCCAAGUUUCAAGCACCCAGUGAUUACCUCAAAAAAUUUCUACCCAGGGAGAUCAAGGUAGCUAAAGGCUUGAGACACCCGAAUUUAAUAAGAUUUCUCCAGGCUAUCGAAACGACACAUCGGGUUUAUAUUAUCAUGGAGUUUGCGGAGAAUGGUAGUCUUCUGGAAAUCAUCCGGCGUGAUACUUACAUCGACGAAAUUAGAAGCCGCAAAUGGUUCAUUCAGCUUCUCAAUGCUAUUGAUUACUGCCAUGAGAAAGGCGUUGUCCAUAGGGACAUAAAAUGCGAAAAUCUUCUUCUGGACCAACACUCGAACCUGAAGCUGUCGGACUUCGGAUUUGCCCGUGGCCACAUGAAAACGAAAAGUGGUACUGUAUCCCUGAGUGAAACCUUUUGCGGCAGUUAUGCCUACGCAUCUCCCGAGAUCCUCCGAGGUAUUCCUUACGAGCCACAUUUAUCGGACAUAUGGUCCCUGGGGGUUGUUCUUUACGCAAUGGUCUACGGGAGACUGCCCUUCGAUGAUAAAAAUUAUGCUCAUCUUCUCAAGCAAGUUCAGAGUAAGGUGACAUUUCCUAAGAUGCCAAAGGUGUCCUAUGCCUGCAGGGCUCUCAUAAACAAAAUUCUGGUGCCCCAGAGAGCGAGAGCAAGAAUACAGAUGAUAAAAGAAGACCCCUGGCUGAUUAUUCCGAUGGUCUCAGUGCAAACAUCGAUAUCAAAUAAAUCUCUCCUGAAGAAUGACGAAAAUAUCGAUAAAAAUGAAGGUACGUGCUCUCGAGGGAAGCCACCGAGGGAGAUUGAACCUCCUGAUGAACAGGACCACGUGGAAUGAGGAUGACCACGUCGAUUGCAUUUAGAAUUUCACCUUCUUGAUAUUGAUAUCUGCUUGCAUCUGCAUCAGAAGAUUAUUAUUCGACAUGGCACCGUCAGCGAGUAAUUUUGUCAGAUUUACUCCGGUGUCUU